AGCCUCAUUCAGAAAAGUGAUCAGCAUUAUAUUAGAGCCUGUCUUUACAAGCAUUAUUAUUAUUUUUUUCAUAAGGUAACACGACUGCUAUAACAAUAUGAUGGAGUUGAUCAGUUUCAAGCCUUUAGCAGAUGCUGAGGUAGAAGAAACCAUGCGCUUUGAAAAGUCUCUUCAGGAGCUGAGAGAACUAAGGUCUGAGCUACACAAAGCUGCAGAAUACUGUGAAACUACGUUCUCUAAAAGCGAAGAGAAGAGUGAUGUGCUGGACAACACAAAAGAGUACAUAUGCAGGACCAUGGUCACUGUUGUUGAUCAUCUUGGAAACGUUUCUGCCAAUCUUGAUGGCCUUAUUUCUCACACAAAUGCAUUUUCUGAAGCUGAGUUACGAAUCCAAUGCCUACAACAAAGACUUCUCUCGUGUGAACAAUAUGCUCGUAAAUUGGCCCUCGCGAAAUUGCAAUGGAAUGAGAAUUCGCUUAGAUUUCAUUCGCGUUAUUUAUCAACAUCUCCCCUUGAGAGAUCAAGCAGUAAAAAAGUAAUAAGAGAUUCUGAAAGUCAAGUUCCUUCAAAGUUAGAAGAUAAACAAGCACCGGAAACAUAUGAGGAUUUGCCACUCUUUUUGUACACCCAUAAGCCUCCAGUUCAGAAUUUGAAACCAACAGCAGCCACACUUAACGGGCACAUCAAUUUGGCCAUGGUGGCACCUGUUAAGGACGGUUUGUCAUUCUUAACAAAAGUUCCAAAUCCUACAUUCCAUUUCCAAGGUACCCAGAAGGUUGGACGCCACAGAAGAUCCUUGUAUGGUAGUGACAUCUUAUGGCUCUUACGGCGUUCCAAACGAGCCCAAUGAAAAACUAGGAGAAUCUAUUCAGUUGCAAGUCUUAUGUUUUCAUUGUCAUCGUGGUUUGUCAUAUUCCCUCUUAUUUAUAUUUCGAAGUUUAGUGCCAAUUCUAUGAAUAGGGAGAACGUACCGAACAUUAAUUAUAAGAAAAUAUUUGUAUUCCAGGCUCUGAAAGUUUUUUUCACUUCUAUGAAAGAUCAUCAUGAUAUAAGA